CAGACUUUUGUUAAGCUUCCGAAGUGGGAAUUGUCAACGUGAGAUCGGUGACGAUUUAUCCCUGUGUAACCGUGACUCCGACAAGGAGUAACUAUCGAGGUACAUGAAAGAAGGACAUGAACUACUCGCAAGGGAAGGGACGGCUUUAUCCGGCCUACAAUCUAAGUGGCAGCGAGGGUGAGGAUAAUACCUCCAGUUUACGUAGUCGCGCCUAUCCGCAAAAUAAUCAUCAAACUAACCAGUCCUACCAUAAUCAUUACAAUACAAGUCAGCACAAACAGCGUGCCUAUCAACAGCAGCAGCAGCAGCAACAACAACAACAACAUCCCUUAUAUCAUAUGCCCGGCAGUGGUGCCGGUCUCAGCGACACACCGACUUCCGGUAACGCAUCUGACGAAACUCUCACUGAUAGCGACCUUAUCACUGUUGCUCGUGAUUCUGCGCUGCUCGUCCAUAACGGUGAGUACGUACAUUUACGAUCAUUCCCAUGGAUAUUCGUAUGGAAAGCGCGUCAUGAUGAUGCUAUACUCGUCUCUCAAAUUUGACGGCAAAUGUGAGUCUACGCGGUAACAAGCGCAUAUACCAAAUUACUAAAUAGCAAAGACAAGACUGCGUAUAUAGCGGCCGUACACGAUGUAACGAUGUCGAGAAUAUAGAGGCUAUGGCGGAGGUAACUCAAUGCAUUAUUCAGCUCGGUCAACCCUAACUCACGCAAGAUGCAUCCUCGCCUUCCUUCAUCCUCCUCCAGGAUAUACUGCAGCGGUCACCUAUACGUCACCACGCGUACCUGUGUACUGAAUACGUAUAUCGAUCUAGCGUUUCACGAGCCACUGAUUUCCACUUCGACAGUCAUGUCAGUGAUCACUUAUUAUUGACUUUGUAGACUUUGUCUUAUUAUUUUGUCGUUAUUUAAUUAUUUCGACGAUGAAAAUGAGAGCUUAUAUGAAAUGAG